UGUAAAAAAAAACAAGGCUAACAGAGAUUAUCUUGUUUAUGUCGCCAUCACUGUCAUUCUCAUGAGGAGUUAGAUGUGACUUCGUUCUUCUGGUUUCGUUGCACGCAGCUCUGCGGGCAGAUUGUCGUGUGGUUAUGGAAAAGCAGAGUCUGAGAGAUUAACUAAUUCUAUGAGGCUGGGAAACUGCGGGCUAAUGUUAUAGCCGCGCACAACAUGGACGAACGAAAUACAUGACGAACCUAGUUUUCCGCGCGAAGUGAUGUGAUGGGCGCCGAUGGGAGCAAGAGCAGCAAGCAGGAGAGCCGCUAUUUAUCCGGUUGGCGCGGCUUUCUCUCCAGUAUGGGCAUCUCUCUCCCCCCGCCGCUGUGCCAACUUGGUGCAUCCCGGCGGAUGAUUCAGGACAAGGGGGCGCGUAUUCCAGAGCACCUGCUGUCCUCCAUGCCCGGCCCAGAGAAACUCCGCAUGGAGUGGAGUCUCCCCGGCUUCAUCACAAUGUUUCUGCCUGAGUUCCCCCACCGCACCGUCCCUGGACAUGAGCACUUUCAGGUCCUGGGUUACAUAGCCAAAGGAUCCUUUGGCCCCAUCUUAAAGGUGAAAGAUAAAUCAAAAGAAAAGACUUACGCAGUUAAGGUUAUCCCAAAGUCUGAGAUCCUCCGGCUUGGUGUGCUGGACCAGUCUAAAGAAGAAGUGAUAGUCCAGCGUCAGGUCCGCCACCCUUUCGUCCAUGAUCUGCAGGACUGCUGGCAGACCCAGCGUCAUCUCUACAUUAUGUGUGACUACUGCAGUACAGGAGAUUUAUACACCUACUGGGUGAUGAUCGGUCAGUUUGGGGAAGGUGCAGUGAAGGUAUUUGCCGCGGAGCUCGGCUCUGCUUUGGGGUUUCUUCAUGAUUUUGGGAUCAUCCACCGUGAUGUAAAGAUGGAGAAUAUCCUCUUAACAGAUCAAGGUCACUUACGGCUGGCUGAUUUUGGUCUGUCGCGACGGCUCGAGCGAGGAGGGAGGGCAUUCACCAUCUGUGGCACUAUUCAGUACAUGGCUCCUGAAGUGCUCAGCGGGGGCCCAUACGGUCAUGCUGCUGAUUGGUGGUCUCUCGGCAUACUGCUCUUUGCAUUGGCCACUGGCAAGUUCCCUGUGCCUCCUGAGCUGGAUCAUUGCAGUAUGCUGAGGAAGGUGCGCUGCUUUCCCUAUGAGAUGCCCAGAAGUUUCUCUCCUCCAUUUGCUCUUUUGCUCACUGAGCUUCUGUGCAAGACCCCAACCCGUCGUCUGCGAACGCUGGAGCGCUUCAAGCGACAGACCUUUUUCCGCGGCACACCCUUCGACUCGCAGCUGCUGCAGAAGACACCCAUGGAGCUCAUCCUGGAGCUGAAAAAGCGGCCUGACCGCCCUGCCAAAGCCCGCCGAGGUCUCACCCUGGAGCCCUUCUCCAACUUUGACUGCGACUUCCUCGUAGAUUCAACCUCCAGUCCAGCCCAGGAGAUGUCCCCUACUCUUGCUAACAUAGAACUAGUGGAGGCCCUCAUCCAAGGCCAUGUAUCUCAGGGCAGUGUUCCACAGCAGGAAGUGUUUGUGUAGCAGUAAGCUGACUGAAUAGAACUGUCUGCAGAGAGACACAUGGACAAUUGUUUACAUUUCAUGUAUCAAACUGCAUGUCUUGCUUUUACAGAUACUCAGGCCUGCUACCUAAUUUUGGGGUUGAAUUUUAAAGGGUGUCGUUUUUGAACUUUGAACUGCGCAAGAUACUCUGGGUCACAUUUAUGUUCAUGAGAAACCGUAGCACUAAAUGUGCCUUGAUGCAGCUCACAAUGUACAUGAAACUAAUGUUUGAUUUACUAAGGCUGUAGCUUAUUAUAUAACCUAUGAUAGAAGUGUUAAUAAGUGAAGUUCUACCAAAACAUUCUGUAAGGAUGUAAUUCUAAUCCCACUAGAAUUUGGGAAACAGUAACAUGGAUUGCGGGUGUUACUGAAAAUGUGAAGCACUGAAUUUAUUUGACUCAAAUGUGUCUGUUUGUAUUUCCACGUAACAUAAGCGUACAUCCUUGAGAAGGUACGCAUACAGUUAUUCUCAAAAGUAUGUAAACUGAAAGACAAAAUUGUGGUGAUGCAAUAUGUUUUGUUCAUGUGGAAAUUUGAACAUUUUUAAUUCAGUGCAUUACUUUUUUCAGCACAUGUUGAAGCUGCAUGAAGACAUUUUCUGGUGUAUGAAUAUUCAGCCCAGAGAGUUGAUACAGUUUUAUCGUGUUGGCAAAUAUUCAUUCAGCACUUGUUCUAUGCCUGUGUCUCUGUCUAGUCAAUAUGACUGCUGCCAUUGUUAAAGAAAGUCUACCAACAACACGUCUUUGAGAUGCUACCACUAAUCUACACCUGUUUUUAAGAGGCUGAGAAAGUUCCAUACAAACUGGCUGUUGCUAGAUGCGCAAAUUUUCCAAUCAUGGUGCAUAAAAUGUGCUUUUAGGCUUGUAUGGCAGUUUGGAGGAGAAUGCGUCCUGUUAAGACAAGUACAUCUGUUCCUUCGUGUGGUAUGUUCUUUACCAUAGAAUUUUUGCAGAGUGCUCUUGUCCCUUUGUUGUUCUGUUUUGAGCAAAAAGCCAGAUUGGAUGUUUAUUUUAUGCCAUAAGAGCUCCUAAAUUCCCCAGCCACAGGUUUUUCACAAUUCUCAGGGCUGUUGUAAAUAGCACAUUUAAGAGUUAUCCUUAACGUGAUUAUCCUAAACUACAAACCUCAAUAUUCUAAUGCGCCACCAGUGGAUACCUCCACCUUUGCAUGAUAUUCUAUUUGAAACUGUGUGUUGUCACAGAUCUUCUGCCUAAUGCACUUUUGUCUUUUAACAUGUGUUUACAAAUGUAUGUUGUGGCAUGAGAGGCAUCUUUUUAUUUUAGUAAAAUGUGGAGGAGUCAAACAUUGAGCACAGAAAGUGUAAUGUAACAAACGUAUAUUAAAUGGUGUACAUUUAGCUGAUGCUUUUAUUCAAGGCAACUUCCAUUGCCUAUUGCAGGCGCGGCCUGUUGGGGUCGAAUCACCUUGCUCAAGGUCUUAAUGGAGUAUCAUGAUGUUAUCAGGAUGGUAUCAAGCCCAUAUAUUUUUUUUAAAGAAACUUUCCUGACCAGUGGGUUACCACUACCCCAAAUACAAAAUCAUUUACUAUUUGAGUAUGUUUAUAAUGAUUUGCUGUUUCAGAUAACUGAGCCUCUUUGCAUCUAUGCACAAUUCUCCCUUAAUGUCUGCAUUUUGUCUGAGAUGACAGUCCUUACUGUUUGCCCUGAAUGCCUCACACCUUUCAUCCUUUCUUGUAUUGUAAAUCAUAAAAUGUACUUUAUUCAGAAUAUAGGGAAAGAUGAUGUCAAGAUGAUGAUAAGUUGUUUCAUGUGCUUUGUGUCCAUUUGAGUACUUUUAUCACAGUUAAAAGCGACUGAACAACUAUAAUUAAUGUGUGACUUGUUGCUUGGUAUUCAAAUACAGGUGAUUUAAUAAAAAAAAGA